GUGUAUGUGGAUAUCGAUGCGCACAACCGAAAUCGAAGUAUCUUCGAAACCAUGUUACCUCGGGAAUCGAGCUCCAAGGGUGUGGACGCUUCGCUGAUUCCGACCCUGUCGUUUCCUGCCUUCGCCUCGCACGAAGACCGGCUGGUGGAUAUGACCAAGAACAAUGUGGUGGCUCGGUUGAAGGGCAAGAAGGGAUUCAAACGUUUUAGCCGGGAUGGUUAUCUAUCGAGGUUGGAGGAUAAAACCAGAAGGUAUUAUCAUCGGGGUGAGAUCAAGGAUUUCGAAGGUUACGAAUGCGAGUGGCCCAUGUUCUACACCUUCAUGAUCAUCGAUGGAGUGUUCAAAAAUAAUCUGGAGCAAAUUGAGGAGUAUCAGAUGGAGUUGCGGAAAUGCAUGCAUUCGGAUUUGAAUGGGGACCCGGUGGUUUCGAUGUGCUACGCUCCGGACGGGGACGGAAUGUUCACCCGGGCCUCGUCCCAUUCGCUGUUCCUGUGGGGCCAAUCGGUGUUCGUAAUCGCCCAGCUGCUGACGGCCGGUCUGCUGCACAUCAACGAGCUGGACCCGAUCCGUCGCUAUCUGCCGUCCUACAAUCGGCCCCGCAAGGGUGGCCGCUACUCGGCGUUCCAGGCAAAGCCGGGAUUACGGACUAUACGUAUGACUAAAUGUUACCGUACUAAAAUCGGAAGUGCCCUAGCCAUGCACCGUCCACAGUCACCUAUGAAAAAACCGGUUGCAGCAUCUUCGGUUAUCCACGAAAUGGACGAAACGACCGGUAACUGUAAGAAUAGCAAGGAUAAGGACGGCGACGCCGAUACGGACCAACAGUCGGAUAUUUCCGACAUUGGAGAGAGUCAUGGUACAGCAACCGAUUUAGUGGUGCAGAUUGUUCUGAUCACAGAAUCUAUGCGCCUGCAGGCGAUGAUGGCAACAUAUGGAAUUCAAACGCAAACUCCGCACGAAGUCGAACCUGUUCAAAUUUGGUCUUCAACGCAGCUGAUCAACGUUUAUCAACAGCUUGGUGUAAACGACAAAAUCGGAUUGACCGGAAGACCUCCGCGUCCCGUAGGUUCAUUGGGUACCAGUAAGGUCUACCGAAUCUGCGGAACCACCGUCAUGUGCUACCCCUUGAUAUUCGAAGUGUCCGAUUUCUACCUCUACCGAGAUAUGGCCUUGCUGAUUGAUGACAUCAAAACCGAGCUACAAUUUGUUGGUAAAUAUUGGCGACUAUCAGGUCGCCCAACCGUUUGCCUAUUGAUCCGCGAAGAGCACAUGCGCGACCCACAGUUCAAGGAAAUGAUCGACCUGCUGGCCAUGCUCAAGAAGGGCUAUUGCGAUGGAAUGAAGGUGCGCAUCGGUCGGCUCCAGAAUCUCAUCUCCAGCUCCUGUAUCGAACAUUUGGAUUUCAUGUCCCAGUCGGAUCUGCCCGAUUCGAAUGAAACGGCCUUCGCACAGAUUCACCAUGACUACAUCGGCUACCAAAGCUUGACGGAUGUUCCCAGGGCACAGUCCUACAGGGAGAAGAAAAUUACGGCCGCCGAAUACCAGGCCAAGUCUACACCGGACUUGAUUGACGGUUUGCGGAACACCGAAUCCAUUUUUCUGCAGUGUCAACUGCUGGGCAUUAUACUACUACGUGAAGGCGCCAACUACGAGAUCAAUGGGGAAUCGGUGCACAAUCGUCUGACCGAAUUGUAUUAUCGGGCCGGAACGCUGCGCUACUGGCGAGCUGUCCGAUACUGUAGCUCUCUACUGAGGCAUAUUGUCGACUCAAUCUCGCCCUUCAUUACCACGGUACUGGUCAAUGGCAAGCAGAUCACCGUCGGUGUCAUUGGCCAGCGAGAAACCGUCUUCGAUAAACCGAUGACUCCCUCGGAGAUUCAGAACGUUAUGUACUCCAGUGUGCAACCGUUUGACGUUAUUCACGCUGUGCUGCAACAGGAGGUUGUCCUGUACUGUGGUCGGUUGAUCGCCACCAACCCAGACAUUUUCAAAGGUAUUCUUAAAAUUCGUGUCGGCUGGGUGCUCGAAGCCAUGCGCCUGUACCUUAAUAUGUCUGGAGACGAAGGUGCUGAUAUUGAAAAUUUGUCACCGUUCCAAAUUCGUAAACUACUCCAAAAGGUAGUCACCGUUAGCCAAUGGGCUGAUGAAAACCAUUUCAGUGCCCUCCACCGUCGGCAACUGGAAGGCUGUCUGUGCCGUGUGCCACCAACAUUCUACAACCACGUGUGGGAUGUUCUCGAGCGGACACCUCACGGUAUAACGGUGCAGGGACAUAACUUACCGGCUAGCACCACCUUAACCAACAAAAGCCGCAGCGAGUUUUCCUUUGCCCUGCAGGUCGAAGAGAUGCUGAACAAAAUUACUCAACCCGAACGACGCCAGAUUUCGGUCGAACUCCUAUGCAUAGUGGCCACCAUCCUGCGACGUAAUCCAGAACUUCGUUUCAAUCAAAUCCUGGAUCUAGAUGUGCUGCUCGAAGAUUCUUUCAUGAUGUACUGCAAGGAUAACGAUAUGGAAACUACUAAGGACAUUACACCAUUAUUUUCGCUGUCCCAAGCGCAAACUACCGGCUACCUGGCCCGAGCUGCGGUCAACAGUGUUCUUCAACGGUGUGCUCUCAGUACCGAAGAUUUUGCCGAAGACGUCGAAGACCAUUGUCGGGUGCAGUAGAUCGUUUUUACCGAAACCAAUCGGUGAUUUUAACCUAUCAACGGUGCUGCUAUUGCUAAAGCGCGGUUUUUAUAUGUUUUAUUUUUCUUAAUUUUUAUUUUGACAAAGUGAAAAAUGUAUUCUUCUAUAGAACUUAGUUCGUUGCUAGUGUUUACUGUGAGUAAAGAGUUUAUAAUCAAUUUUUAUCAGAAACAGAAAAAAAGUUCCAAAGAAAGCAAAAGUUAAUCUAUAUCCAAAGUUUAUUUCGGCCAUGUAUUAAUUAAACUGUAGCUUUGAAGCAGCUUUAUAUAAUUUUAGACAGCUCCAAACAAAAUCAAAACUUAACUCAAAUCUACUAGUUGUUGUUAGCUUGCCAUUACGAAUAAAGUGUAACUUAGGUUCA